AUGGCUAUUAUUACUAGAAGUGGCAAAGUGGUUGCGCCUCUUAAAACUCCAAUUCUAGAUUGUGCGAAAGAGGACGAGAAGCAUGAUGGAGCAGUUGAGCCAGAGGUUGAGGUUGCAGAGCGACCUGUUGUGGUUGAGAAAGAGCAUGAGCUGAGUCAUGAAUAUGUGCGGUCUAAAGCACCUUACCCAGAGAGGUUCAAGAAAGAGGCUUAUAACAAACAGUAUGGCAGGUUUUUAGACAUCUUCAAGAAGCUGCACAUAAACAUCCCUUUUGCAGAAGCUUUAGCAAGUAUGCCUGGUUAUUCAAAAUUCAUGAAGGAUCUUUUGUCAAGGAAGCAUAAGCUACAGGAAUGCCAGACAGUGACACUUACUGAGAAGUGUAGUGCCUUUAUUCAGCAGAAGAUUCCAGCUAAGCUUAGUGAUCCGGGGAGUUUUAAUAUCCCUAUUGCUAUUGGCAAUAUUUGCAUUGGUCGAGCUCUUUGUGAUCUAGGGGCUAGUAUCAAUUUGAUGCCUCUUUCUGUUUAUAAGUCUUUGGGGAUUGAAGAAUUGAAGCCUACAGCGGUCUCUCUUCAACUUGCCGAUAGAUCCGUGAGGACACCUAAUGGGAUUAUAGAAGAUGUCCUUGUCAAGGUUGACAAGUUUAUCUUUCCUGCUGACUUUGUGGUGUUGGAUAUGGAGGAAGGAAGUGGGAAGCCUUUGCUCUUAGGUAGGCCCUUUUUGGCUACAGCCCGUGCUCUAAUAGAUGUUGAGCAAGGAAUGAUUAAGUUGAGGAUGAAUAAUGAGGAGAUUACUUAUAAUGUUUCUGAGGCUAUGAAAAGACCCGCUGAGCAUAGUGAUUGUUUUCAAAUUGAUGUUUUUCAAGAAAUCGUUCAACAGAAGAAGGUGAGUCCUCAAGAGAUUGAUUAUGAGUUGAGAGCCUGUGAACAUAUGCCCUUUGAAAAAAAGGAAGUUGCUGUGGAGGUGCUUAAAGAAAAAAUUGAUGACAUAGACGUUGGGGCACCUAAGGUUGAAUUGAAAAUUCUGCCUAAUACUUUGAAAUAUGUAUUCUUGGGAGAUGAAGAGACGUACCCUGUAAUCAUCAAUAAGGGACUAUCUUCUGACCAAGAAAAGAAGCUGGUUGAAGUUCUAAAAACUCAUAAGACUACCAUAGGGUGGUCUAUUUCUGAUUUGAAGGGAAUAAGCCCCUCUGUUUGCACGCACAAAAUUCUCAGCAAGAUGACAUCAAACCUGUAA